CAGAGGAGACCAACAGAAGAGUGAAAAACGUUUUGAUUACAUUAUACUGGCUUGGGAGAAAAGCUCAAAGUAACCCUCAUUUUAAUGGUCCGUACCUCAAUCUUAAAGCAUUUGAGAAGUUAUUAGGGCAGGCAUUGACUAAGGUGCUUGAAGAGUCCAGUCACCUGAACAGAAGUGGCAGGGAUAGUGGGUACGGUGAUAUUUGGUACGCUGACCGGGGAGAGUCCUUUUCAUCUUCAGCUAGCCAUAAAAGAGACGAUUCCUUUGAUAGCUUGGACUCACUUGGUUCAAGAUCCUCCACAAGCUUUUCUUCAGAUAUAACCUUGAAGGGUGGCAGUGAAGGUUGCGACAGUGACACAGACUCAGAACUGCCUUUCAAAAUGCAUGACUCCCAUAAAGACGAUAGGUCUUACCGUAGGAUUUCUGUAAUUGAACCGAAACCUACCGCUGACUUCAAUCGCUUCUUACCCCACAAAAACAAGCAGACAGCGUAUGUGCCAACACCCUUAAGGAAGAAGAGGAUAGAAAAGAAUGAGGACAACAGGAGGAGUUGGGCAAAUCCCGUCUCCACCGAGUCAGACGGAACAUUUUCAAGUGAACGUGAAAGGAAUCCCGUAGCUUCCUGCCAAAAUAGCAGAGCAGAGUGUGGGCUCACAAAUCCAGCUUCCCUGCAGAUGAUCUAUGAGUAUGACAGUGGCUCUGAUUCAGAAGAUGAAAGAAGGCUGCCUGACGUGGUUAUGGAUGACUUAGCAAACCGUAGAUUCCUAGUCAAAAAGAGCCCUGUAAGCUCUACUGCACCUGGACAUCAUUUCGUGUUGCGCAAUGACUCUCCUAAAUCUUGCUCACAAGAAAGUUAUCCAGCUGGUCCACUAGCUGCAAUGCUUGAACCACUGAGUAACCAGAGGAGGCAGAGGCAGUUGGAUACUAAAAAGGAAAACAAACCAAGAGUUAACAUUCCUUCAGAGUUAUCUGGGUAUUUUGAUGAGGACGAGGAAGAAGAAAUAGGCAUCCCAAACAUUGAAAAAGAUGAUCUCUAUUUUCGCAAGCUAAGCUCUUCAGCGGCAAAUACAGUGGUUACUUUUGACAAAUUUAUCCCUAAGUUUUGGACACCAGAAGAAGAAUUGCUAUGGAAAAAAAUCAGGAAAUCUUCUUUCAAACCCUGGUAUAAAGAGAUUCAAGGGUUCAGUAGAAAGAAAUCGGAUUCUGAGGAUGAGGAAUUUCCUUACAAACAAAGCUCUGCCAUUGUUGCUAAUCAACCAAGACUGAGUUUUGACUGGAACAGCAGUUGCAGAAGGGAUCAGAACUAUAAGCCAACUUCUGAAUAUGUGGGAAGCUCAUUGUCACAGAUUGCAGAAGGAAAAAUCUUGGAGGCUUCUGAUCAGCCCAGUCAGUUUUCAUUGCUUCAGGCCCUGCAAAAAUACUCUGUCUACUUGUCUUCUGAAACAAAGACCAGAAUUGAUCCUACUUCUGGCCCUAGGCUUAUACAGUGUAGAAGGAAUAUUUCCUUUGUACCAGGAUGCAAGCAAGGAGAUGCGGAAAAUGGAUAUCUGUAUCCAGAUUUAGAAAAUGAUGACUUGUUUGUUCGGAAAACUGGGGCUUUCCAUGUGAACCAAGUUGUUCUCCAAGACCCUCGGUAUUUAAAAAAAUUCUCUGAACAGGAGCCUCCCCUUGAGGGUGAGAUAAUUCUGCAACCCAGAGAGGGCCAACCUGUGAUUCCAGAUUUGGAAAAGGAUGACAUGAUUUUCCGUAGAAUCCUCUCUCAGAAAAAAGAGGUGCCUUUGUCAGGUGCUCCAGACAAGUAUCACCCAGCACUCUUCCCUGAUCCAUGGAGUCUUCCGGAGGAGAUCCGGUCCAAAUUUCUAUGUUUACUUGAAAAAAACGCAACACCAGAGGAAAGAAAGAGCAAUGGCAGAGUGCUGUCGCCAUCAUCCCGCCAUAAAAAGGAUGAUAUGCUGACCCGCAAGAUUGAAUCUUGGAAGGUGGGAAGCAACGUCCAGCCACUGAAUUUCAUCCCGGGUCCAUGCAGCGAAGAUGACUGGAAGAAGUGGGAAGCAAUCAGGGAGGCCAGCAAAGUUAGACACAAGAAACGGCAGAUGGUGGAGAGACUCUUUCAAAAGCUUUCUGAUGAGCAAGGGUAA